UUACAACCCGAACACUCUUGCUAUCAGGACUGCCACAAGGCUCCCAUCCUCACCAAUGCACAGUACCAAAAGACUCUAUCUCACCAAGUAUCGGCCACAAAGCUCAUCUCUUCCACCGUCGCGGCGGGCGAGUCGUCAGUAUCACAGCUGCAGGGCGGGAAGGUGAAGGACAGUCAACGGACCAGCUCCCGGAAGUGGGGCUCUUCUUCUGCCAAACAAUCGUCUGGCCAUGUCAGAAAAGCAAAGCGUCUUCCGCUGCGCUUGGCUCCUUUUGCGGCCCCUCGACUCCAGACCAUCCCCGUCCCUCUCACCUGGACCAUGUCACACUGCUUCUUUUCCAAUGUCUCUGCAGCAGCACCCGGCCUAGACGUGUCGCAGACGUGCCGCACCUUGUACCAGCUGGCGGCGCUGCACGCCCAAAACGCACUGCACCGAUUGACAGAUGCUGCAAGAACCGAGAAGGAUAGACAGACGGAGACACAGACAGACAGCCUUCAGGCACCGCGUAGCAGAUGCAGACGCAGAUACAGACACAUCCAGAGAAGGCUUCAUCAGAUUAUGCCAGGUGCCCCACUGCCCGCCGCGUACCUUGGCCGCCAAAAUAGCACAUCCGUUUCAAGUGUGGACGGCCCAGCAUACAACAGACGGGGAGGGGGGGGGGCCUUGACCUGGAUCCGUCGGGCCAAUCUUUGUUCAACAUGUCUUUCUGCUUUCGCACCGACUUCUCGCCUCGCCCUUGUUGCUUUUCGAUUUGAUGAGCCUGAAGAAAGUCUUCCUACUUACCGCUUCUUCGAUGGCCACUAG